AUGAGUGGUAGACAAACGAAAUUGACAGAUUUAUUUAAAGUUCUUCCUAGCACAACUGCAUCCCCAAACAAUAGACCAAAUCUUACUACAGGAGUUAAAAGAAAGGUUGAUAUGGAUAGUGAGACUUCAUCUGAAAAUCCAAUAAAAAAAAAGAUUGAGAGUGGAGAUAAGGAAAAUGUUGUGGCAAAAAAAAUAAAUCUUGAUGAAUUUGUUUCUACAAAAAGUAAUGUUUAUAGUAUCAAUAGUUUGCUUGCCCCAGUACAACAUGUAAAGUGGAGAAUGUUAUUAGGGGAUGAAAUGAAAAAAAAGUACUUUACUGAAAUUUUAGUUAAACUUAACAAAGAGGUUGAGAAGUCCACAAAAAUAUUUCCACCAUUACCGUUGACUUUUAAUGCCUUUGCUCAGACAGAUUUUGAUGAUAUUAAGGUUGUUCUUAUAGGACAAGAUCCCUAUCAUAAUGAUAAUCAAGCACAUGGAUUAUGUUUUUCUGUCCCAAAAACAACACCGCCACCACCAUCUUUGAAAAAUAUUUAUACAGAAUUAAAAGAAAAUUAUCCAGAUUUUGUUAUUCCUAAUCAUGGGUUUUUAGAAAAAUGGGCAAAAAAUGGAAUGUUUAUGCUUAAUGCAACAUUGACUGUUGAAGCACAUAAAGCUAACUCUCAUGCAUCUUUUGGUUGGCAGACGUUUACUGAUAAUGUUAUCAAAAUUAUUAACAAAGAAAGUAAAAAAGGAAUUGUCUUCUUAUUAUGGGGUGGAUUUGCUGGUAAAAAAGAAUCUCUUAUUGAUUUAAAAAAGCAUAAAGUUGUAAAAAGUGCUCAUCCAAGUCCAUUAAGUGCACGUCUCUUCAAAGGAUGUAAAUGUUUCAAGAAAGUUGAUGAUGCUUUAGUUGAAUUAGGAAGAACACCAUUUAAUUGGAAUUGUUUAACUGAUGACUAA